AUGGCAUCUUCCACAAGCAAAUCAAGACAUUCACCUUCACCAUCACGUCAUAGGUCUAGACGUUCACCUUCUCCUCAUGAUAGAACUAGUCGAAAAAGACACGACAGUCGAUCUAGAUCUCCCAAACGUAAUGAAAGCUCUUCGUCAAGGCGUCAUCAUGAGAAGAGUAAACGUCGAUCCUCAAGAAGCCCUGAUGACUCUAGACAUUCUCGCCAUAGAAGCCGCAGACAUCAUGAUAGAAGAAGCAGUCGACGCUCUCGCUCUGUGAGCUCAGACUCAUCACACGCUUCCUCAUCAUCAGAUCCAUCAACCUAUGAAAGAAGGAGCAGAGAACAUAAGAAGCAUAGAAAAGACAGAAAGCACAAGAAAUCAAAGAAGAAAUCAAAGAGCAAAUCGUCGUCGGUUGGUGACCAAUGGGGCAAGUAUGGCAUCAUUCAUGAAGCAGAUUUGUUCACAAAAGAAGCAGAAUUUCAAGCUUGGUUGAUUGAGGUCAAACAUGCAAAUGUUGAGACACUAAACAACAUUAAACGAAAGGAAAUGUUUAAUGAUUUCAUGGAGGAUUACAAUACAGCGACAAUGCCUCAUGAAAAGUUUUACAAUUUACAACAGUGGGAGAGACGUCAAGAGGCUAUUCGCAUGGGCGAGAAGCCUAUGCCGACUGGAGACUUUUUCGAUUUCAAAAAUGAUGAGGAAAAAUUAAAGAUGCAACACCGUCAAGCUGCAAGAGCUGCCGCAUCUCGCCAACCAACUCUCAAGUUGUCUGAAGAGCAAAUCAAGGAGCUGACGCGAGUCAACAGAGAAAGAAUCGAAGCAGACCGUAUGCGUAAAAUGGGGUUGAAGCCGAAAGAAAGUAUGGGUGUACGUUACGAGGAAGAAAACGAUUGA